ACUCAACAAGACAAGACAUGAAUCCUCCGACAUGUUCGAAGUGGUCGCACUUCCUGCUAAUGUUACUCACAGAACUAGCUGUUAACAAAUUGUUGAUAUGAAUUAUGAAAACAUCACGUCGCAUUAAUUUGACCGAGUGCUCACGUGACUGAUCGUAACAGUUUCCAGCUCAGUUGGACUGAAGCGGAAGUGAUAAUUUAGCCGUUAGCUUGACUAGCGAGCUAACCGGUGAAACGGAAACGGAAGCGAUGUACAGAUUUCUCUUUCGUUGCUGUUGAUACUUUUGAAUGUGAUGCUCAUUGAGAAGGUUCGACUUCACGACACGUUUGUGUUUCAGAGACUUUAAUAUUCUUCACGGACGAAACCCGAGCGAGGAGGUAGCGGUUAGCUUAGCUGCUUCACCAGCUAACAGGGUUUAACUUAACGGAAACAGGUUUAGCGAUGUUGCUAAUGACUGCUAACAACAUUUACUAUGAGUAUAGAUGAUUGACAGUGGACUGUGGUGUGUGAUCUUCUCUGUCUGUAGCCGUCUGUGACAUGUAGCACCAGGUGACCCCGGUCAGUGAUGAGCUGUGGAACCAGAGACAUCACAGUCAGAAGAGUUUCCUCCAGGAAGAGGUCGAGGGACGGAGCUCAGACUCUGCUCACACCGGCAAAGAAGCGAGGAGGAGGAGGAGGAGGAGAAGAAGAAGGGAGAGGAGGAGGAGGAGGGAGAGAAGAAGGGGAAGGAGGAGGAGGAGGGAGAGAAGAAGGGAGAGGGGAAGGAGGGAGAGGAGGAAGAGAAGGAGGCGACGGCGGCUCCGGUCUGCGGCGAUGUCCCGGGAACAGGAGGCUCAGCAGUGGGACCAUGACUCACACACAACCUGCUGAGUUCUGCAGCGACACAGAGGAUUUAUUCGGGGACUACGACAGUUUCCUGGAGAACAGUUCUCUCCUGGCGAAGCUGGAUGAUGCAGAACAAACCGAGCGGCGGCGCGAGCUUCAGGUCGUCGCUGUGGAUCAGCAGGACCUCGUCCAGAAACCGUCCUGCGAAGAAGACGCUCUCUCGGACUCCAUCCUAGUCGGCCUCGGAGACGAGCCCCUCGAGGACUUACCUGCCAGUCAGAGUCAGUUUGAAGAGGAGGUUUGUGAAGCCGUGAAGAGGAGCAGGAGGCAGGACGGAGAUGAUAAAACCUCCACGCCUCAGAGAGACAGGACGUCCGAGUCCGGAGCAGAUCGGAGACGCAGCCGAACGGGGAGGAGCGUGACGGAGCAGCUGAAGAGGACGAUGCUCUGUAACGCUGCGGCUCCGGCGAACGUCUCUCUCAGCACCGUGCUAAAGGAAGCGGUAGUUUCCGAGGAGAUCAGCGUCGCCAUGCAGGCCAUGGAGACGGUGUCCGCGGAGACCACCGACCUCGGGCCAUUCUUCGGACUCCCGACCAGAGUGAAGGACCUGAUGCUCAAACUCAGAGGAAUCAAGACUUUAUAUGAUUGGCAGGAGACGUGUCUGAACCUGGACUGUGUCCGGCAGAGGAAGAACCUGAUCUACUCUCUUCCCACCAGCGGAGGGAAAACCCUAGUGGCCGAGAUCCUCGUCCUGCGAGAGCUGCUGUGCAGGAAGAAGGACUGUCUGUUCAUCGUUCCCUACAUCUCACUGGUGCAGGAGAAGGUCCGGGGGUUGGCGAGCUUCGGCCUGGAGCUGGACUUCGUGGUGGAGGAGUACGCUGGCAGUAAAGGCCGGUUCCCUCCGGUGAAGAGGAGGAAGCAGAGCUCACUGUACAUCGCCACCAUCGAGAAAGGCCACAGCCUGGUGAACUCCCUGAUCGAGGCUGGUCGGCUGGAGAACCUCGGGCUGCUGGUGGUGGACGAGCUCCACAUGCUGGGCGACGGCAGCAGAGGAGCAGUAAUUGAAAUGACUCUGGCUAAAGUUCUGCACAUGAGCAGUCAGACUCAGAUUAUCGGGAUGAGCGCCACCUUGGGGAACAUCGGAGACCUGCAGACAUUUCUAAAGGCGGAAAAUUACACAAACGACUUCAGACCUGUUCAGCUGAAAGAAUACGUGAAACUGAAUGACACCAUCUACGAAGUGGACCCGAAGGAAGACGACUGCUUCAGGUUCUCACGUCUGCUCAACUUUAAGUAUUCCAGUUCGAUGAAGAAGAUCGACCCCGACCACAUCAUCGCCCUGGUGACCGAGGUCAUCCCCUCCCACUCCUGUCUCGUCUUCUGUCCGACCAAGAAGAACUGCGAGAACGUCGCCGCGAUGGUCUGCAAAUAUCUGAAACAGGAGUUCCUCCGGCACCGCGAGGCGGAGAAGGUCGUCCUGCUCCGGGAGCUGAAGGACAGCGGCGACGGCUCGUUGUGUCCGGUGCUCCGGAGGACGGUGCCGUUCGGCGUGGCAUACCACCACAGUGGACUGACCUCCGAGGAGAGGAAGCUGGUGGAGGAGGCAUACACCACCGGAGUCCUCUGUCUCCUCACCUGCACCUCCACCCUGGCUGCCGGGGUCAACCUCCCUGCCCGAAGAGUGAUCCUUCGGUCUCCGUACGUGGCCUCUGACUUCCUGAAGAGGAGUCAGUACAAACAGAUGGUGGGUCGAGCGGGUCGAGCGGGGAUCGACUCGGUGGGAGAGAGUGUCCUGGUGCUGCAGGACAAGGACCGGACGACGGCUCAGACUCUGGUUUGUUCUCCGAUGGAGAAGUGCUUCAGUAACCUGCUGCAGCAGGACAGUCGAGGCCUCCUGAGCCUCGUCCUGUCGCUUGUCGGACUCAGUAUCACCACCUCGAUGGAGCAGCUGAGGACCUUCCUACAGGGCACGCUGCUGUUCGUCCAGCAGGAGGCGCUGUGUGUGGACCGGAGCCUGUGGGACGAGGUGCAGCAGUGUGUCGAAGUCCUGCAGGAGAAGGAUCUCAUCGCCGUGACAUCACAACCUCAGGGGACGAAGCUGCAGGUCACCAAGUUGGGACAAGCCACGUACAAAGGCUCGGUGGACCUGACCCACAGCGGCCUCCUGUUUCAGGACCUGUCCCGCGGUCUGGAGGGUUUGCUGCUCAACAGUUACCUGCACCUCGUCUACCUGGUGACGCCGUACGACCUGACGACCCAGUGCAAACCCGACUGGAUGAUCUUCUUCAGACAGUUCACGCUGCUGUCGGCCGCCGAGCAGAAGAUGUCCGCCGCCGUCGGCGUGCCGGAAGGCUUCGUGGCGAGGAAGGCUGCGGGACAGACGGUGAAGAACAGCGUGAACAUGGCGGCGGUGCAGCGCAUGUAUCUGGCUCUGGUGCUGUUCUCUCUCCUGAGGGAGACGAACCUGUGGACUGUGGCCGACCGCUUCCAGCUGAGCCGAGGCUUCGUCCAGACGCUGCUCAGCUCCGCGUCGGCGUUCUGCUGCUGUGUGCUGCACUUCACCGAGGAGCUGGAGGAGUUCUGGCCGUUCCGAGCGCUGCUGACCGAGCUGACGCGCAGGCUGAGCUACUGCGUGAAGGCCGAGCUCAUCCCGCUGAUGGAGGUCGCCGGGGUCAUGGAGUCGCGAGCAAAGCAGCUGUUCAACGCCGGCUACAAGACGCUGACUCACCUGGCGAACGCCGACCCGGCCGUUCUGUCCAAGACCGUCGAGAACCUGUACAAGAAACAGGCCAAUCAGAUCGUGGCCUCGGCCAAAAUGCUGCUGAACGAGAAGGCGGCGGCUCUCCAGGAGGAAGUGGACGAGCUGCUGACGAAGCCGUCAGAUCUGCCCACGGAUCAACUCAGCUGACUUUUAUUCUCUUUGUGAUUUUUUUCAUUUUUUCAUUUGAAAAACUUAUGGUAUUAAAAUAAUGUACAACACGA